AUGAAAGCGUAUUUGAAGAGCGCCGACGGCUUCUUUAUCCUGAAUAAAAGCACCACUAUUGGAAAGCAUGCAGAUUCAGACCUCGUCCUACAGUCCACAGACAUUGACAACCACCAUGCGCUCAUCGAAUUCAACGAGGCCGAGGGCACCUUCGUCCUUCAGGACUUCAACUCCCGCAAUGGCACGUUUGUCAACGACUGCCACAUUCAGAAUGUGGCGGUGAAGUUGAUCCCUGGGGACAUUCUGCGGUUCGGGUCUACGGGGCCGACCUACGAGCUUGUCAUUGAGAACCCGUCACCGGUCUCGUGCCCAUGGGUGAGGGGCCCAGCGCCUUGGCCAGGCCCACAGCCACACCAGCAACCGCACCUCUCGUCCUCGCCGCCCAACAUGCCCUUCCACCACGGUCUCCAGCCAACAUCAGUGCAGAGAAGUUGGUCGCAGGGUUGUCCCAGACCCACCAUGGUCCCGCCCGCCCCUCACCAGCGGCCCAUGAGCGCCAGUGGGAAGAUGUUCUCCUUUGUGAUGGACCCAAAGUCCCCUGUCAUCAAUCAAGUGUGGGCCAACGCCAUGGACAUGUCAGAGCAAUGCAUGAUGGACGGACUCUCCGGGACGAUACCUCCCACCGAGAUCUUCAUGGACCAGGACCUGGGCCAGCAAGACAAGGACGAGAUCAUCCUUCUCCUGGGGAGAGAGAUCAAUCGGCUCUCUGACUUUGAAAUGGAGUCCAAGUAUAAAGACGCGCUGAUCAUGAACCUGCAGGCUGAGGUGGCCGACCUGAGCCAAAGGUUGUCGGAGACAGCCGCUGCUGCGGCCGCUGCGGCCUCAGCCAGACAGAACAGCAGGUGUGAGCCUAAGUUCCAGGGCCUGGAUGAAGGCAACGAUCACAGGCAGAAGGAGAUCGAGAGCAUGAAAAGCCAGAUCAAUGCUCUUCAAAAAGGCUAUAGCCAGGUGCUGAGUCAGACCCUGGCAGAGCGCAACACGGAAAUCGAAUCCCUGAAGAAUGAGGGCGAGAACUUAAAGAGAGACCAUGCGGUCACAUCAGGCAUGGUGACAUCUUUACAGAAAGACGUGUCGGCGCGCAGCGAGCAAGUUCAGCAGCUGCAGGAGGAGGUAAAUCGACUGAGGAUCCAGAACAAGGAGAAGGAGUACCAGCUUGAAGCCCUCACCUCCAGGUGUUCAGUGAUGAAAGAAGGACUAAGAAAGGAAGAGGCUCUGAAGGAUCGCAGGGAGGCCCAGGAGAAAGAGCUGAAACUAUGCAGGAGCCAAAUGCAAGACAUGGAGAAAGAAGUGAAGAAGCUCAGAGAGGAACUGAAGAAGAACUGUCCGGGUCAGAACAUCAUCUCCAAGACGCUACGAGAAAAGAGCAAGGUUGAAGAGAAGCUUCAGGAAGAUUCCAGAAGGAAAUUGCUUCAGCUGCAGGAAAUGGGGAACAGAGAAAACCUCAUUAAAAUCAAUUUGGAAAGGGCCGUAGGCCAGCUGGAGAACUUCAGAAACCAGGUCAUCAAAGCCACUUUCGGGAAAACAAAGCCAUUCCGGGACAAGCCCAUCACGGACCAGCAGCUGAUAGAGAGGAUCGUCCAGGUCACCGAGGACAACCUCAGCUUCCAGCAGAGGAAGUGGACCCUGCAAAGGGAGACUCAUCUGCACUCCAAGCAAGAGGAGACGGUGCACAGCGUGGAGAAGCUGAGGGCGCUGCUGGACAAAUGCCAGGCUUGCAUGAGGGAUUCCUGCAGCAGCUUCGACCUGAGGAAGGAGGUGGAGCUCCUUCAGCACCUGCAGCUCGGCCCACCCGUGUCGGGACUUCAGAAGGCUGUCCUGGGCAUCCUGAGAGUGUCCCUGUCCUGGCUGGAGGAAGCGGAGCAGCUGCUCGGCGACCUCAACAUCGAGGUGUUGGAUUCUGACAAAGGGUUCUCUCUGUGUCUGAUAUAUCUUCUGGAACAUUACAAGAAAAUUAUGAACCAGUCCCAGGAACUUCGGGCCCAGGUGAACGCUUCUCGGGAAAUGCAGCAGUCUCUGCGGCAGGAGCACCUGGCUGAGAAGGAGAAGCUGGCAGAGAAGCUGGAGCAAGAAGAGAAGCUGAAAGCCAGAAUCCAGUUGCUGGCAGAAGAGAAGGCAGCUUUGGAAGAGAGCACCGCCCAGGAGAAAACCAGAGCGCAGGAGGCCCUGGAGACCGCGCAAACCCGAGUCCGAGAGCUGGAGAACCACUUGGCUUGUCAGAAAGAGGUCUUGGAGAGCAGUGUGGCUCAAGAGAAAAGAAAAACGCGGGAAGUGCUGGAGGCGGAAAGGAGGAAGGCACAGGACCUGGAGAACCAGCUGACCCAGCAGAAGGAGAUCGCAGAGAACAACACAUACGAGAGACUCAAGAUGAGAGACACUCUAGAGAAGGAGAAGAGGAAAAUACAGGACCUGGAGAAUCGCCUGACCAAGCAAAAAGAGGAGAUAGAAUUAAAGGGGCAGAAAGAAGACAUCUUAAAUAAUAAAUUAAAGGAUGCCCUGGCCAUGGCGGAGGACGCUCAGCAGAUGAAGACAGCCGAGACUCACAGAGCCGAGAAGCUCGCCCUGAAGUUAAAGGACACAUUAACAGAGCUGGAAACAACCAAGACGAAAAUGAUCCUGACGGAGGAUCGGCUAAACCUGCAGCAACAGUCGAUGAAGGCCCUGCAGGAUGAGCGGGAAUCCCAGAAGCACGGCUUCGAGGAGGAAAUCUCGGAGUACAAAGAACAGAUCAAACAGCACUCGCAGACCAUCGUGAGCCUAGAGGAAAGGCUCUGUCAAGUGACUCAGUACUACCGGAAGAUAGAAGGGGAGAUCGCGACGUUGAAAGACAACGACCCAGCUCAAAAGGAGGAAGUGCCCGGAGAACUCUCGGCAGAACUCCCGCUGGACAGCAGCGCCAAAGAAAUAGCGUGCGACCACCUGAUAGAUGACUUACUAAUGGCUCAGAAGGAAAUCCUGUCCCAGCAAGAGAUCAUCAUGAAGCUGAGGACAGACCUCGGGGAGGCUCACAGCCGGAUGUCAGACCUGAGAGGAGAGCUAAGCGAGAAGCAGAAGACGGAGCUGGAGCGGCAGGUGGCCCUGGUGCGGCAGCAGAACGGCGAGCUGAGCCUGCUCAAGGCGAAGGUGGCGCAGACGACAGGCCUGGUGGAGAAGAAGGACAGGGAACUGAAGGUCCUCAGGGAGGCGCUCAGGGCUUCCCAAGAGAAACCCAGACCCCACCUGAGCGCCGAACAGAAGCCUAGGACUCUGAGACAGAAGUGUGACAUCUCAUUGCAGAUAGAACCAGCCCACCCUGAUUCAUUCUCCAGCUUCCAAGAGGAGCAGUCCUUCAGUGACCUGGGGGCCAAGUGCAAAGGGUCUCGACACGAGGAAAUCAUCCAGCGGCAGAAAAAGGCCUUGUCGGAACUCCGAACGCGCAUCAGGGAAUUGGAGAAGGCCAACUCCCCCAAUCAUAAGGACCACAUGAAUGAAUCCUUCCUAGAGCUCAAGACCCUCCGGAUGGAAAAAAAUGUACAGAAAAUAUUAUUAGACGCAAAGCCCGACUUGACAACUCUCACAAGAGUAGAGAUCCGACCGCCUCAGAAUGGCCCUUUCAACUCGGGCUCCACCUUGGCCAUGGAGAAGUCCGUGAAGACAGACGUCUCAGAAGCCUUAGAACUCAGUGAGAGGCUGUACACCGACAUGAUCAAGACACUCGGCAGCCUGAUGAACAUCAAGGACAUGUCCGGCCACAUGUCCCUGAAGCACCUCUCGCCCAAAGAGCGGGAGAAGGUCAACCACCUCCGACAGAAGGACCUGGACCUGGUGUUUGAUAAGAUCACUCAGCUCAAGACCCGGCUGCAGAGGAAAGAGGAGCUCCUGAAGGGAUACGAGCAGGAACUGGAGCAGCUCAGGCAUAGCAAAGUGUCCGUUCAGAUGUACCAGACGCAGGUAGCAACGCUGGAAGAUGAAGUCCACAAAGAGGCCGAGGAGAAGGCGCUGCUGAAGGAGGCCCUGGAGCGCACGGAGCAGCAGCUGAGCCAGGAAAAGCGACUCAACAGGGCCUUCAAGCAGCAGAAGGAGCGAGCAGAGGAUCAGGAGCAGAGAACCGCAGCGUCCUCCAGCUGCCCCUUCAGAGACACUGAGAAGCAGAGACGCUUGUUUAUAGAGAUGGUCAAGAGCAAGAUGCAGAACUCAAGUCUCCAGGCUGGAGCCAAGAAAACCACCCUGAAGAUGGGUCAAGAGAGAGAGACAAAGAAAGAGGCUUGCAAGGCUACCCAGAGCCUUUCAUUCGCCAAACCCGGUGGGAAGAACUAG